UGAUUGGCUCCUCCGGUGCGAGCCGGCGGCCAUCUUGGAUAGCGCAUGAAAAGAAUUAGCUUCCGAUCGUACGUGCUUUACCAUGUUUACAAUGAAAGAUAUCAUCAUCAUCCUUCAAAAUGCCUUCUUGUGCCGCAAUCAACUAUACUAAUCGACUCGUGAAAGGGUCAGGAAAAACAUUUCACAAAUUUCCCAAAGCUGGUUCAGCCCAUCUAAAGGAAUGGCUGGUCAAGAUGAAAAGAGACAAGUGGACACCGAGCAAGUAUGCCACCCUGUGCUCAGACCACUUUGAAGCAGAGUGCUUUGACCGCACUGGCCAGACAACCAGGCUCCGUUAUGGUGCAAUUCCAACCAUAUUCAACUUCCCUGAUCAUCUCCAAAAGACCUUGAAAAAACGCAAACCUCCACACCCAAGAAAUCUUCAGGACACCUCAACUGAAGUAUCAACUGAAGCACCACACUGCAUGGCGGGUACAUCUACCAAUCCUACAUGUAGCCUUAAUGGUGUUGCAUUAUUAAAACAUUGA